AGAACGAAUUGGAACCGUUCUUGAAUGUCCACUCUUGUUAGAGAGAAAAGUUUAUGACAUCUUUCUGACCGACUGGAUAUGGAUUUAAAACUGGAUUGGGAUAUAAUGAGUUUAUAAACAAAGAGACGGCUUAAUUUCUGUUCUGUGCAUCUUUACGGAAGCUAAAAAGGUAGGAAAUAAAUAUGGAAGAGACAGUUCUAACGGGAUGUGCACGGAGCUGGAAAAAUGUCAAAGAUAAGAGGAAGGCCUGGGCAAAAAGCAGAGACUCUUGGCAAAACUCUGAGACCAUCGAUGGAAUGCCAACGAUGGACAGCAGUUCAAUAAACCCUCAGAUGUCCCAAACAUCAGCUGAUGAGAAUGGCAUAUCAAAUGAGAAGAUUGAAAUUUGGCUUCAAGACUGUGGAGAGCCAUUAGGGGCAUCCUUGGAUGAACAAAGCCAUCUAAUGUUGAAGGGUGGAGGUACAAAACCUGGAUGCAGUUUUGAGGAUGACUUGUUGCUUGGUGCAGAAGCUAAUUAUCUUCAUCCUCACAUCUCACUGCUGACAGAAAGUGGCACAUCAGCUGAGGUAAAACGUAACAAAUUUUAUCAAAUGGGAAGCAGCAUGAAUUCCACUGGUUCUGGAAAGAGCAAUACUACUGUAUCGAGUGUUUCAGAACUGCUGGACCUUUAUGAAGAAGAUCCUGAGGAUGUCCUGUAUAAUCUUGGGUUUGGAACAGAUGAACCUGACCUUGCAUCAAAAAUUCCAUGUCGAUUUUUUAAUGCUUCAUCGUUUGCAAAAGGAAUAGAUUUUAAACUAUUUUUAGAUGCUCAGAUGCAACGUAUGGAAUUGGACAAUCCAAAUUUCGCCCUCACAAGUCGAUUUCGGCAGAUUAAAGUUCUCACAACAGUGGCUAAUGUUUUCUCCUCACUGUAUUCUCAAGUUUCUGGAGCUCCUAUAAAGAAAAUAGGUGAUGUGGCCGAGCCCCCAACUUCAGGCCAAGCUCCUGCUGUUGGAAACAAUGCUGGCAGACUGAAGAAGACAGUAUCAAAGCUCAACUUACUGGGGGGUCAGCAGGCAAAAGUAACAGAUACACCUAAUCAAACAGCUCCAGCAGCUGCAGAAAGUUCAAAAGCAUCACAGCUUUCUUCUGAAGGCGACAAGAGCUUUACUGACGAUGAGAAGAAAGAGGAGGUAAAACUUAAGAAAGAAAUGAGGUUGCAGAGAUGGCGUAAAUUGACUGAUCCUUCUCUGAAACCAGUAUCUGAGGAGGUGAUGACUGGAGUUGAAGGUCCUCCCUGUCCCUCAGAGAUUAUUCCUCAGGAAUUUUUAUCUAAUGUGACAAAUGGCUGUAUGGAAUCCAAGCAGAGUGAGGCUGCUUGCUUGAAAGAAGGAAUGGGGAGCAGCCUUGAUGAUGUGAGUGGUAUCUCAGAUUCUUUUGUAGACUUGAAUGCAUCCACAGAUAUAGAGAGUGCUGGUACUGGUGAGCAGACAUCUGCACUCUCACAGGAAAAUACAGUGUGUUCAACGCCAGAUAAAGCUGGAGCAAUGCACCAUCCAUCCGUGAGCAGCUUGAUGGAGCAGAAGGAAUUCUCAUUUGACUUGGAAGAGGUUCAAAGCAAUGAAGGUGAAGGAUUAAAUGUGCCAGGAAUCAGAAAUCCUAUUCUACAUGACAGAAUUUCAGCAACAAGUAAAGAGCAUUUUAUAAGGACCAGCAGUUCCCAUUCGGACAGCAGCGGGUUUGCAGAAGAUCCAUCCUCGGACUUGACCGGACUGUCUCAGGGGCCAGAUGGUUACCUGCAAGCAAUGGGAAGCAGUGCUGACAGCUGUGACAGUGAGACCACAGUCACGUCCAUAAUUGAUGAUCUGCAGGCGCCUCUGAGUGGUGACCAGAAGUUUUUCACUCCGUUUCAAACGCCGGUGGAUGAUAUGACUCUGGACCUGAAGGAAACAACUUCAGAUCCAGUUGUGGAAUUAAUUUCUGAUAAUGUGACGGAGAUGGACAGUGAGGCAACUACUGGUACAGAUGGCUGCGCGCAGUCAGCUGACCAAAAUGCUUUGGGUUUUAUUGAUGGUGAGGUGGAGCUGGACGCAGAAGGUGAUGUGAACUGCGAUGGUGAGGAAGAUAUUCCUACGUACUCUGGGCAUCCUGGAGCACGCGAAAGACGGAAGAGCAUAGACUCUGUACUCAGUUGGAAUUCCGGCCCUGUUGUUGCUACUUCUGAAGCCUUUGACUUUUCCUCCUCCUCAUUGGGUAAGAUCACCACAGUACUCGAGAGAGCAAAAACAAAAACCUAUGCUGUCUCCAUUGCCUCUGGAAGAACAAGGCGUCCAGUAACCAAAGCAAACGAUCGAAUCAUCAGAGAAGAGGAGAGGACCACCAGGAAUGAAACUCUUAUGAAGCUCAAACGAUCUUCUUUUCAAAGGUCCAGCUCUCUUCCAACUAAACUGCUCAAUCCAGUGCGAGUGGUGUCAUCGUUAAACAUACAACUGGCAUCCAGUAGCAGCACACAACACGGUUCACCAAGGUUCACCUACAGAUAUUCUCCUCAGAAGGAAGGGGAAUUGCCCACUGAGGAAGAAAAUGAGCAGUCAUUCUGCCGAUCCGAGCUUUAUAUCCCAACCGAGACAAAAGAGAAAAGUAGGAAGCGAUUCACUGUGAGCAAGCAAGAUGAAGAACCACAACAUAGGCUGGCCUCACAGACACUGUCAAUGCCGCCACAUUUAACACAGUCCUGUUGUUCUCUUCAUACACUCCCUUCAGAGUGGCAAGACCAGCCUCUGUGUGCUCACGCGAGAACCAGGAGCACGUGCAGCAUUCCCAACCUCGGGGAAUAUACCUGUGCAUCACCUUAUGGAUUCAUGUAUCCUCCGAGACCAAUGUCACACUCUUAUCAUCACAGUUCAAUGAAUCCUCCGUCUGCUGUUGAAUCACAGCUCCGCCGGGUCCUCACUGAGAUAAGGAGCACGGUGCAGAAUCUUUCUCGGAUCCCAGUCUACCAGGGCACUGACCUUUCAUUCCCAUACUAUCCAUCAAUGAGGUCGGGCCUUUUACCUAUGUAUGAAAAUACGUAUCAAGAACUGCAGAUGAUGAGAAGAAAUCUGAACUUUUUUAGAACACAAAUGAUGGACUUGGAAUUUGUGAUGCUGAGGCAGCAAACUAUGGUGUAUCGACACUUAACCGAUGAGGAGAGGCAAGAAGCUGACCAGCUGCAGAGCCUUCGGAACUGCGUUCGCAUGGAGCUGCAGGAGUUGGAGCUCCAGUUGGAGGAACGAUCGUUUGCUUUGGAGGAGCAGCUCAAAGCCCCGAGCCAGUGUUCGAUGUUCAGGCCACCAUCUCAUGGGGUGUCUGAGCUCCUGAGAGAGCAGUCACAUCUCCGAUCUGAACUGGGUUUCUCUGAACAAAUGGGUGAAGAAUAUGAUUACCCACACUCUUACUGUGGCCACUACACUAACCUGGAGUCAGUUUCCCGCUCCUCAAGCCCAGGCUGGAUGUCCAGGUGUUCAGCACCGGGCUCUUUAAGUCAUGGUCCUGCGAGCACACCAACCACUACUGCACCACAUGGGAAGCCAGCGAACCAAGCUACCUCAACCCAACUGCAGGGCAAACAAGUGUAUCGCUCUUCAGUUUCGCUGACUCCCUCAGCACCAUCACGAGCUUCCCUGGGGGAGCCACUUACAGAAAAUAGAUCUUCAUCAGGAAUUGUGGACCAAAAUCCAUUAAGCCAGACAUCUGAACCUACUGUUGCUACAGCAUCCUCUCCAUCUAAUGGAGCAACAAGCCCUAUCGUAGAUUAUCCAGAAUUUCACAGUGUUCUGCAAGAGAUAAAGGAAUCAAUUGUUGGCGAAAUAAGGCGGGAAAUUCUGAGUGGACUUCUAGCUGCGAUAUCACCAGCUGGUAAAGAUGUUGGGCAUAAGGAAGAGAAGAUGUGACCACAGGAGGAAUUGCUUGUUUCUGAAGAAUGUAUCUUCGGCCCAACAAAAUGAAUUUCUCUACUUGGUUUACUAGCUUCUAACCACAUUUACUGGUUGAAGUAGCCUUUCAUAAUCAUUCAGCUCGGAUGUUCAGAGUUUCAGGAGGCACUGCUAAUUCAGAGAUGGAUUGCGUUUUAUCUAGGUAGCAUUCCGAAAUCUACUUUGUAUGUUGAUUAAUUUCUUUUUUGUGUUUAUUACUUCUUGUAACUCAGUGUCUUAAAAGUGAUUUAACACACCUAAUAGUCAGACGUAGUAAAUAAAACAAAUUUGUUAUAGUGUUUGUUAGUGGCCUGCUGUUGGGGACUUAACACCUACAUUAUGUGAUAAGAUUAAAACUUGAAAUUCUGCUUUUACUUAAUUACUUAUAGGUUAUGUGUGCUGUAACAUUUUCAUAGAUGUUAAUUUAACAUUUUCUUCCUGAAGCACUGACCUCUGUGAGGUACUUCCUGUGCAAUACCUGUAAUACACAGCAAACUUGAAAAGACUAGAGAAUCGUUACUACUGUUUAUAAUCACAACACUCUCAAUAUCUGUGAAAUGUUCAAUGUACUGCAUGUUAAGAAGAAAAAAGUCUUAUGUCAUUUGGUCUUUAAAAAAAAGAAGUGAGGAUUUAAAGAAUGAAAAAGUGUCUAUCUGAAUGCCACAAACUGAUUUAAAGGUGGUCUUACACUGUAUUUUAUAUAUAUAUUUAAUUCAUUUGAAAAUUUUGGAUUUAUUUGAUAAUUUUGAAUAGGAUGGGUUGGGAUUCAUAAGUACUUCAAGUGCCUAAAACUUUUUUUCUAAAUAUGUACUUGGUAUAAAUGUAUGAUACAUAUUUACUAAAAUAUUUCUUCUAUUAUGGAUUGUAUGCUGAAGAAAAUUGUAUAAUAGUUUAACUUGGGAUGCAUGUGGAAUAUAUUGAAAUCACUAAUAAAUAUUUAUUUUAACU